GAUUCAAUCGGCAGUCGCGAAUCGCGCCACUGGAUUAAUAGACGCAUUUUGUAGAGGCUGUAUUAGUGUUUGUUGUGCUGAAGAAAACGGAAAAAAUUGAGGAUUUAGUGGCGCGGUGAAAGAAACGACCGGUAAAUCGCCGAUUUUUCGAACGAAAAUCUCGUCUUUUGGCUGUGAUAGAUUUAACCCGAGCUUGGAUAUUAUUCAUUCUUGCUGUGAUCAAAACGGAUUAUAUUAUUUGCUGGAUUUUUUUUCAUUAAACGAAAAUAAGUAACGAAAAUGCCCGCUAGAGCCGACACGCACGUACAGAACGGCGUCCCCCUCAACGAUGACGUCGUCAUCACCGGUAUCUCCGGUCGUCUGCCCGAAAGCAGCUCCAUCGAAGAGUUCAAGCAACAGCUCUUCGAAGGCGUCGACUUAGUCACAGACGACGAGCGCAGAUGGCCCUCAGGACUCUACGGCCUACCCACCAGAACCGGCAAACUCAAAGACCUGAGCCGGUUCGAUGCCACCUUCUUCGGAGUCCACGCCAAACAAGCCCACGUUAUGGACCCCCAGCUCAGGAUGCUGCUCGAACUCACCCACGAAGCUAUAGUCGAUGCAGGUUUCAACCCCAACGACGUCAGAGGCUCAAGGACCGGAGUGUUUAUUGGAGUGUCAGAUUCCGAGUCCAGCGAGUACUGGACUGCGCAAGACCAAGAAACUAUUACGGGAUACGGACUGACAGGGUGUUGUAGGGCUAUGUUUCCCAACAGGAUUUCGUAUACUUUCGAUUUGAAGGGACCGAGUUAUGCUAUAGAUACCGCUUGCUCGAGUUCGUUGUUCGCCUUUCAGCAAGCUGUCAAUGCCAUCCAGACUGGACAGUGUGAUUCUGCCAUAGUGGGUGGAGUGAACCUUUUACUCAAACCUACAUCGUCUCUACAGUUUCACAGAUUGAGCAUGUUAUCGCCUCAUGGAAUGUGCAAAGCUUUCGAUGCUUCGGGAAACGGUUAUGUACGAUCCGAAGCAGCCGUUGUAGUGUUCCUCCAGAAAGCCAGUGCAGCUAGAAGAGUAUACGCCUCCGUUUUAGGAGCCAAAACGAACACUGACGGUAACAAAGAACAAGGUAUCACUUUCCCAUCGGGUGCCAUGCAAAACCGACUCAUCAGAGAAACAUACGAGGACAUCGGUAUCAGUCCUCAAGACGUAGUCUACGUCGAAGCUCACGGUACUGGCACCAAGGUGGGAGAUCCACAAGAAGUUAACUCCAUAGCAGAUUUCUUCUGCAAGAACCGAUCCAAUCCUCUGUUGAUUGGUUCAGUUAAGUCAAACAUGGGGCACUCCGAGCCUGCUUCUGGACUUUGCUCUCUAGCCAAAAUGGUGAUCGCUAUGGAAAGUGGUGUUAUUCCUGGAAAUCUCCACUUCAAAAGCCCUAACAAAGAUAUUCCUGCCCUUAACGAUGGUCGCCUCAAGGUAGUUUCCCAAAACCAGCCAUGGAACGGAGGCAUAAUCGCCAUAAACUCAUUCGGUUUCGGCGGUGCCAACGCUCACAUCGUACUCAAAUCCAACCCCAAACCCAAACAGAGCUGGCCUCAGGGUCCAAUCCCCCGCGUUGUUGCCGUAUCCGGUCGUACCGAAGAAGCCGUCAAGAACUUCCUGAACAAAAUCCACAACCAUCGGGACGAUGAAGAAUUCCUCGCCUUGGUUGACCAAGUACACUCAAAAUACAUCGGCGGUCAUUUCUACAGAGGCUAUUCCGUGCUUCAAGACCAGCCAAUUGUUGAAGUAACUCAAGCAGGAAGCGAAGGCAGGCCUCUGUGCUUUGUGUUCUCCGGAAUGGGUUCUCAGUGGCCUGGUAUGGCCAAGGCCUUGAUGCAGUUGGACGUGUUCAAGCAGUCUAUUGACAAGUGUUCUGCAGCACUUAAGCCUCACGGUGUGAAUUUGGAAGAUAUUAUCGUGAAUGGUACCGCAACUACUUUUGACAAUGUUUUGAAUUCGUUUGUGUCGAUCGCUGCCAUGCAAGUUGCCCUGACUGACGUACUGAAAACGGUUGGAUUGGAACCUGAUUUUAUUGUAGGACAUUCAGUGGGAGAAGUAGGUUGCGCGUACGCCGAUGGUACGUUAACCGCCGAACAAGCUGUUCUCGCCGCCUACAGCAGAGGAAGAGCUAUCUUGGAAAGCAAGCUAGCUCCUGGAGCUAUGGCAGCCGUAGGAUUAUCCUGGGAAGACGCCCAUGCCCGUUGCCCACCAGAAAUCGUACCUGCCUGCCACAACAGCGAAGAUUCUGUUUCUAUUUCUGGACCACCUGACGCCAUCAACAAGUUCGUUGGACAACUUCAAGCUGAAAACAUCUUCGCCAAGGCAGUCAACAGUUCCGGUACUGCUUUCCACAGCAAAUACAUCGCAGAAGCUGGUCCAAAACUAAGAAAGGCUUUAGACGCCAUCAUUCCAAGCCCCAAACCAAGAACCCCAAGAUGGAUAUCAUCUUCCAUCCCUGAAGCCGCAUGGGGCACACCUUUGGCUCAACAAUCUAGUGCAGCAUAUCACGUGAACAAUCUGCUAUCUCCAGUCUUAUUCCACGAAGCUUUGGCUCACGUUCCGAAAAAUUCAGUAGUAAUUGAAGUGGCUCCUACUGGGCUUUUGCAAGCUAUUUUGAAGAGAGCUUUGGGACCAGACGCCACUAACGUGCCUUUGGUCAAGAGAGACCAUCCUGACAACAUUGCCUUCUUGACUUCUGCCCUUGGAAAAAUCUACAAUGCUGGAGCUCAACCUCAAUUAGGAAACCUUUAUCAUCCAGUAUCCUACCCAGUCAGUCGAGGCACACCUAUGAUAAACUCCCUCGUUGAAUGGGACCACUCCAUUGAAUGGUCCGUAGCCAACUUCAGCGGAAAAGGCAACCGAUCUGGGGAAUCAGUAAUUGACAUUGAUCUUAGCAAAGAAUCAGACAGUUAUUUGGCAGGACACACGAUCGACGGAAGAGUACUAUUCCCUGCCACUGGAUACCUCACCUUAGUAUGGAAAACUUUCGCCAAACUAAGGAACGAAGAUUACGAGCAAAUGCCUGUUCUUCUUGAAAACCUUCAAUUCCAUCGUGCCACAAUCAUGCCUAAAGAAGGUUCGGUUAAGUUCUUGAUCAACAUCUUUGAUGGUACCGGUGAUUUCGAAUUAUGUGAAGGAGGCUCAGUGGCAGUUACAGGAAAGAUUUCUGUACCAGAAGAUAUCACAAAAGAAACCCUCAAUCUUUCCAAACCCUCUGUUAAACAAGAACAAGACGUUUUGCCUUUAAACUCAGGAGAUAUCUACAAGGAGCUCAGGCUACGUGGUUACGAUUACGACGGUAUCUUCAGAGGUAUCGUUGAGAGUGACAACAGAGGAGUCAACGGUAAACUAAGAUGGAACAACAACUGGAUCAGUUACAUCGACACAAUGUUGCAAUUUGCCAUCCUGGGAGACAAAACAAGAGAACUAGCUUUACCCACUCGUAUUCAACGAGUCUUCAUUAACCCCAAAGAACUUCUCAAUGCCGUUAAAACCCUUCCUGAAGAACCAAACGUUGAUGUCAGCAUGUACCGUAAUAUUGGAGUAGUCAAAUCCGCCGGUAUUGAACUUAGAGGAUUGAAAGCUAGUUUAGCUCCAAGAAGACAACAAGCUCAAGCACCACCCACUUUGGAAAAAUACCAAUUCGUACCUUUGGAAAAUUCUCAAGGUUUUGGAGAUGACGUUGAAAAAUCUAGAGCUCUUGCUUUAACUGUACUCACGGAACUGAUCAUUGAAAAUUCUAAUAAAGCUUCGAAAAUAAAGUUUGCUGAAGUACUAAACGACAAACCGAUCGAAGCAGCCUUGGCCCCACUGAUUAGUGCUGUAAUUGAAUCUCAACCAACUCUAGCUGCCGACGGUACUGUAGUCUCCAGCGCUCCUGUCAGUUCACCAGCACUCGAAGCGGCUGACAUCAAAAACGCUGUCAAAGAUGUUCGAUCUGUUGCUAUAGAUUCAAAUUCUCAUCUAGUCGUAAUCAGUGAUGCUAUAGCUUACAAACAAAACGCUCUGAUCGAAAAUGCUAAAAACUCUUUAAAAGAAGGUGGUUUCGUUCUAUUAGAAGAAGCGCGAGGACCUGUAGAUGCCAAAGCUCUCAGUGCUUUGGGUCUGGAAGUAAUCAGUACUCAAUCAACUACCACCAAGACUUACAUUCUCUUGAGAGCUCCAGUAGAAGUAGCAGCGGAUUCAACAGUUAUUCAAGUAACUGAAAACAACUUCUCGUGGGUGGAACCACUGAAAGCUGCAAUGGCAAAAGUAUCUGGUACUAGCGAAAAAGUUUAUGUAUACGUUCAGGGUGAACCAUUGACUGGAUUAGUCGGUUUAGUCAACUGUUUGACCAACGAACCAACCGGAGGAGUUAAUGUACGAUCUGUCUUCAUUCAAGACCAAAACGCUCCUAAAUUCUCCCUUAAAGCUUACGAAAGUCAGCUUAGAAAAGGGCUCGUUCAAAACGUGCUUAAAAACAAAGUUUGGGGAACUUACAGACAUCUUCCUUUGGAACAACAUACAGACUCUGGUGCCUUACAAGUCGAACACGCUUACAUCAACACUCUGACUCGUGGCGACUUGGCUAGCUUGAGAUGGAUUGAAGGACCUCUUUCCUAUUACAAAGGCGACGACCCAAACAGCGAACUUUGCAGCGUGUAUUACGCUCCACUUAAUUUCAGAGAUAUUAUGUUGGCUACAGGAAAACUACCUCCAGAUGCUCUACCUGGAGAUCUUGCCGGACAAGAUUGUAUUCUUGGUCUAGAGUUCUCUGGAAGAGAUACCCGAGGACGUAGAGUUAUGGGUAUGGUAGCCGCUAGGUCUUUAGCUACCACUGUCCUCGCCGAUCCUGGUUUCUUAUGGGAAGUACCAGAAAAAUGGUCGUUGGAAGAAGCAGCUACUAUUCCUGUAGUAUACGGUACCAGUUACUAUGCCUUGGUGGUUAGAGGAAAAAUGCAACCAGGAGAGUCAGUUUUAGUUCAUGCAGGAACUGGUGGAGUUGGACAAGCUUCCAUAGCUAUCGCUCUUCAUAUGGGAUGCAAAGUUUUCACAACCGUAUCUAGUCAAGCAAAGAGAGACUUCUUGAAGAAGACUUUCCCUCAAUUGACCGACGAUAACAUUGGAAACUCCAGAGACACAAGCUUUGAGCAAUUGGUAUUGACCCAAACUAACGGCAGAGGUGUAGAUUUAGUUCUAAACUCUCUGGCCGCUCAUCAGUUGCAAGCUUCAGUAAGAUGUCUUGCUAUUGGUGGAAGAUUCUUGGAAAUCGGUAAAGUCGACUUGAGCAAUAACAGUCCUCUGGGAAUGGCAGUUUUCUUGAAAAAUACCACAUUCCACGGAAUUCUUUUGGAUGCCCUGUUCGACUCUAACACCCCCGAAAAGAAGGAAGUUAUGCGUUUAGUCAGCGAGGGUAUUGCUUCCGGAGCUGUUAGACCUCUACCAAAUACCGUCUACAACGAGAACCAAGUAGAGCAAGCUUUCCGUUUCAUGGCUUCCGGCAGACAUAUUGGUAAGGUAUUAUUAAAGAUCCGCGAUGAAGAAUCUAGAACCACUCAGAAACCAGCACUUAAAACCGUAUCAGCCAUUCCUCGUUCUUACUUGGAUCCGGAAAAGAGCUACGUCCUUGUAGGUGGUCUGGGAGGUUUUGGUUUGGAAUUAGCCAACUGGCUCAUUAACAGAGGAGCAAGGAACAUCGUACUUACCUCCAGAAGUGGUAUCAAGACCGGAUAUCAAUCGUUAUGUAUUAGAAGAUGGCGCGAAGCUGGAGUUAACGUACUUAUUUCCACAUCAGACGCCACAACUGAUAAGGGAGCUAAACGUCUUUUACAAGAAGCCAGUGAAUUGGGACCAGUAGGUGGUAUUUUCAACUUAGCCGCCGUGUUGCGUGAUGCUCUUUUCGACAACCAAACAGAAGCCGACUUCAAGACUGUCUGCAGACCUAAAGUAGAUGGUUCUAAACAACUUGACGCUGCUUCAAGAGUCCUAGCUCCACAAUUAGACUACUUCGUGAACUUCUCUUCUGUAUCUUGCGGUAGAGGUAAUAUUGGACAAACCAAUUAUGGUUUAGCUAACUCAGCUAUGGAAAGAAUCGCCGAAGAUCGUCAAGCUGCCGGUCUACCUGCAGUUGCCAUACAAUGGGGAGCUAUUGGUGAUGUUGGAUUGGUACUGGAAGCUCUUGGUGGAAUGAACGAUACCGAAGUUGGAGGUACCUUGCCUCAAAGGAUGCAGUCAUGUUUGACAACCAUCGACAUCUUCCUCCAACAACCUCACCCUGUGGUGGCUAGUAUGGUGCUGGCAGAAAAACGCAAGACUUCAAGUAGUAACCAAAUCAGUUUGACUGAUGCCGUAGCUAACAUUUUGGGUAUCAAAGACGCUAGUACUGUAGCACCGGUAGCCUCUUUGGCCGAUUUGGGUAUGGACUCGCUUAUGGGAGCUGAAAUCAAGCAAACUUUGGAGAGAAACUACGAUUUGGUACUUAGUGCACAAGAAAUCAGAGGUUUGACCUUCGGAAAAUUGCAAGAAUUAAGUAGUGGAGGUGGUGCUCCAACGGCUCCCGUUCAAAACACUGAAGAAAAUCUAGUUACGUUCGAAAGUUUGGUAGAAAUUAUGCCAAGCAAAACGUUGGUAUCUGUUCCUAGCAAGUCUAACGACAAUAAGAAAACGCCAGUAUUCUUGGUUCACCCUAUCGAAGGUGUCAUCGAUUCGCUACGAUUAUUCGCUCAAAAUAUCGACGCACCUGUCUACGGUUUGCAGUGUACCAAAAACGCUCCAGUAGAGACCAUCAGCGCAUUGGCCAAUUUCUACGUUAAGGAAAUUCAGUCUGUGCAGUCUAAGGGACCAUACACUCUAGUCGGAUAUUCAUUUGGAGCAGCUGUAGCAUUCGAAAUUGGAGUUAUCUUGGAAAAACAAGGAGAAAAAGUCAAAUUGCUCCUUAUUGACGGGUCACCUAGCUUCGUGGCAAUUCACACUGGCAAAGCCAGGUCGAAGAUCACACAGAGUAGGGCAGCAGAAGAAAGUGAGGCUCUCUUCUUCUUCAUUACACAAUUUAAGGAAGAAGACCAACAAAAGGUUAUCCAAGAACUGGUCAAACUGAAAUCGCUCAACGAAAGGGUGGCAAAAACCGUUGAAAUUUUGGGCAAAUCCGUGCCAUUCUCUCCCGAAGACUUACACGCAGCGGCUCUUAGUUUCUUCCUGAAAGUAAAGGCCGGCGACGAGUACAAACCUUUAGACAAAUUCCGAGGCCCCGUGACGUUAGUAAAGGCCAAGGACAACUUUGUCCAAGGGGAUGAGGACUACGGUCUUUCUAAGGUAUGUACAAGCAAGCCCACAAUUCAAACGUUGAACGGCGACCAUCGAAGCAUACUCACGAAAGGCACCGUAGAAAAUAUCUCAAACAUUUUGAAUCAAAAUGUUGCCACAUCGUAAAAAUAACCGACUCUAAACGGAAGGAAUUUAUAAUUUCUUCAUUUAUUUCCUAAGUAGAACAAAUUUUUAGCACACACUUGCAUUUCUUCUAAGUAAAAAGAAACAUUUCACAUUCCAGUUAAAAAAAUAUAUAUUUGUUAAUUUUGUUUGUAAAUAGUAGGGUAGCGAAAAAAAUUAGGUAUAAGUAAAAUAGUCUAAUUUAUUUUUAUAUUAACGAACAUAAUAUAGCUGAGUAUAAAUCAGUGUCGUGUAGGAAUCAAAGGUAACGAGCAAAGAUGACAUUAUUAUAGUAAAAAUGUUGUUUUCGUGAUAUGAAUAUAUACGCUUAGACGGUAACACUUUUCACAUGGUCCUUAUUAGGACUUUAAAAAAAGACAUUUGUUAUACAUAAUUACAUAUUGUAAAAUUUUA